UAAACAGAAAAUCAAUACCCGUUAACAACAACCGGAGCGCGUAAAUUCCGUCAGUUUGAUAAGAACUAUGCGGAUGAGGUGUCCCAGGCGCAGGCGCGCUCUCGCCGCCCCCCUUAUCCUACGGAAAAAGCCUGCUAACUUUCCGGAAUCGAAAUUCUCAGACAGUCCACGUUCGGGCGUCGUUGCAAGCAGUGUGUGCUAACGGUACUCCAACCGCGCUGCAUGUGCGUUCCCCGUUUGCAUUUGUGUGCGUGUGUGUGAGACAGGAGAGGAGAGGAAAAAAAAAUAAGGAAAAUAACAGGAAAUCGGGAAAAAGUAACGGGAACGUCUGCCCCAAAACAGUUGGAAAAACACACACACACACCGAUUCCGUUGGCGAUGCACCAAUUUUUCGGUUGAAAACCCGUAAUUCGAUUGGAUUGGAUCAGUUCCGUUUUCCCAUAGCAGCAGGACUUUCAACGGUACGGUAGCACUUCAAGGAGCAGCCAGAGCAGCAGAGAAGGGGGCGGGGACUUCACAGCAACAUGUGUGUGGCUUAAAUCGGCGUUGAGCAGCUAUAGCUACAUCAAAAUAAUAAAAAAAAAACAAAACCACAACUUGAGGAUACAUAGUUAGUUGGCCUUCGCUUCUGGGCCAUAAAAUGCAUUUACACUUUGAGCGAAACAUCAACACAAAAUGCGACUGCACGAUACUCUCAUUAUCAUGGAUGGGAAAGGUGCCAGAUGAUAUACCCGAGGACGAGGGCUGGAAGCUGAACAGGACGAACUACUACCAGGAGGGAUGGCUGGCCACGGGCAAUGUGCGCGGCAUUGUGGGCGUGACCUUUACCACCUCGCAUUGCCGCAAGAACAUGGACUAUCCACUGAGGACCAACUACAAUCUGCGCGGCCAUAGAUCAGAUGUAAGUUUGAUAGUCCAAAUUACCUAAAAUUACAGUAGCUAAUAAAUAAAUAUUUCCAUAACAGGUCAUCCUGGUAAGUGGAACGAGUACCAGAAGCUGGCCUCCUGCGACAGCUCGGGCAUCAUUGUGUGGAUCAAGUACGAGGGCCGCUGGUCCAUCGAGCUGAUCAACGAUCGGAAUACGCCGGUAACCCACUUCUCGUGGUCGCACGAUGGACGCAUGGCCUUGAUCUGCUACCAAUGGCUUGUUCUGGUUGGAUCCGUGGCUGGUCAGAGGUAUUGGUCCUCCAUGCUCAAUCGAUCCACAAUCACCUGCGGCAUUUGGACGCCCGACGACCAGCAGGUGUUUGGCACCACUCAGGGUCAGGUGAUUGUAAUGGAUGUCCAUGGGGCAAUGGUGUCGCAGGUUCAGCUCUCCAACGAUGUGCCCAUCACUUCGAUGGCCUGGUCCUGCGAGAAGUUCAAGAUGGAGGAGGGCGAGGAGGCGGAGCCCGGUGUAACCAAUGCGGCUAAACGCUCCUUUGUCCUGGCAGUUAGCUUCCAGAAUGGAUACAUCUACUUGCUAAAGUCGUUCGACGACGUCUCACCCGCACAUAUCAACACAUGCCUUAACGGCGCCCUCGGCAUGGUCAUGGAGUGGAGCAACUCCCGCGAGCUGCUCGCCGUCGCAGGUACCCUGCGCACUGGAUUGGAUGGAACGAAGCCAGAGGAGUUGGGUUUAACCAGUACAUACACGAAUCUGGUCAAGUUUUACACGGAGACGGGCACCUGUUUGUAUCAGGCUCACAUUCCCUGCAGCAGUGCCACCGUUUCGGCCAUCACCUGGGGCCACAACGACAAGCGGCUGUUCAUUGCCACGGGGACACAGGUUCACAUCGCCUGGGUCUCCAGACGGGUGGCCUCCUUGCAGCUACUGUGCCGCCUGGAGAUUCAGGCGAGCGUCGGAUCCGAGUCGCUGCUGCCACUGCUGCCGUUGCCUUCUAGGAUUAAGUCUCUCAUUGGCAAUCUGUUUGCUCAAACGAUAAGAUGCUGUGUACCUGACCUGAAGUCGCUGCGUGAUUUUGUAUCGCGACCACCGCUCUGCUCCACCCGGCUGCACUGCACCAUGAUCCGGCACGACGACGACUCCAAUCUGAGCUCCGGCACUUGCUACACGCUUUAUCUGGAGUACCUGGGCGGAUUGGUGCCGCUGCUCAAGGGCAAACGCACCUCCAAAAUUCGCCCCGAGUUUGUAAUCUUCGAUCCUCAGGUUAAUGAUGCCCCCUUGUACUUUCAAUACUCCGCCGAGGCCAAGAGCUCCUCGGGCUCCAGCCAGUCCACCACCACGGGCAAUAGUGGGCGCACCGACUCCUCGGACAGUGACUACGAGGAGAGAUCUCGCUUUGGUUCCCCGCGAACGCCGCGCAAGAAGCGAGUGCGUCCAAAGAGACGCCACCAAGCGGGCGAUCGAUUGAGCGCCUCUGGUACCGGAGGAACCAACGAUCCCGAUAGCCUGGAUGAACUGGCCUACGUGGACACACUGCCGGAGGAAGUCAAGCUGGUCGAGGUGACCUCCAACAUUUGGGGAACCAAGUUCAAGAUCCAUGGACUUGCCAAAACCGUCCCAGCCAAUUUAGGCCAAGUAACUUAUAAGACGUCCCUACUGCAUUUGCAGCCGCGUCAAAUGACGCUGGUCAUCACCGAGCUGCGCGACGAUUUUCCACCUGGUCCUGAUCCCAGCUUUAACCCGAAUAUAUUCUCCGAGGACGAGGACGAGCAUGGCCAGCUACACCAGGGCAAUCAUCACGAUGCAGUGCCGCAGGUGAAUGUGAUCACCACUCAGGAUGGGGCUACCCUUAAGCCACCGAUAAUACCGCAGCGUCGCCUCACCGAUGGAGCCUCUGCUCCCUUGAUAGCACCCAUGUCCCCACGUCCGAAUCGAAUCCUGGCGCGCCACAAGAACUCUUUGACUGUGAAUGGCGGAGAGCGGGUCUCGGCGGGCCUGAGUCCUUUGGCGCGAGCGGAGAGCUACGAUGACGAUUCGUCCAACGAGUCCCAGGAGGCGGGAGCAGCAGCCUGCCAGUCAACCACUGUGCUGCUGCAUCAGGCGCCCUCAAAUGGUUCAGGUCCAAGCUGCAGUAAAACCAUUACUCGCCCCAAGACCAUCAGCAGCUUCAAGAACAGCUACAGUCGCUCCAGCUCCAAUUCCAGCUGCCAGUCGCGUCACGCCAUCUCGCCGCUGUAUUGCGAUGGAGCCGUGCCCACGCUGCAGAGUCCCAAGAACGCAGUGGCUCCCUCGGACAUAAUCUUCGAGCGUCCAGCAGUGCCCGCCGCUGGACAGACCACCCUGAUGUCGUACUCGAGCAAUGCGGACUAUGCCAAUAAUGUGGUCCAGGUGAAGAAUGCCCUGAUGUCGGAGCCAGUACGCUCGGCCAACAGCCACGUAAACCCGGUGCCGCUGAAUCUCAAUCUGAAUCUGGAGCGAAUGGAUGCGCGGGUCAAGUGCAUGGCACCCACCACCUCCUCCACCGCCAAGCGACGCGAAAUGCUGUACAUCGACGAGGAGACGCAAUCGCCAACGCCCACGCCAAGCAGUAGCAGCAUGAAGCGCACUCCAACGGUGGUUUCUAUCGCUCCUGCCCUGCCCGACUCCAUUACACGCAGCUGCAGCGUUGGCUAUCUGGAUUCGGUGGCCAUCACGCCAUCCGACGAGGCGCUGUCCGCACUGCGCAAGGAUGCUCCAAACAAGCGGCUGAUACUGGUGGACAAGCGAAGGAAUCGCCGGAAAAGGCAGCAGCAGGAGGAUGCCCGACGGCACAAGCUGCAGCAAACUGGGAAAUCCAAGAGUCUGGACUCCUGCGACCUGCUUUCCCUGCAGACGAAACUGUCCAGCAAGGAGCACGAGCAGGUGGUGCGCAAGUUGCAGGAGAUUUCCGACAGCAGCGCCUGCAGUAGUGCAGCCAACACACUGUGCUUUAAGUGUCGUAACAACAUGAGUCCCAGCAGUGCCUGCAAGCGGUGUCAGCCCACGUCGAGCUCCGUUCUAGAUGAGAUUACGUCCGUUGUGGCGACGAAUGUGGUGGAGCCGGUCAAGGAGUCUCCUGUGGUGCAGGCCAAGCCGGCGCCAAAGAAACGCUUCGAUGUCAUUACUAGCUUCACGGACUCGCCGCUUUUUACGAGAAAACAUCGAUUUGGCAUUGGACGCAGCAAGGAGACAUCGGGCACUGAGAAUUCCACGCCGUUGUUGGGCAGAAAACAGGACAAUGGCUUUAGCUUCGUAAAGCAGCUAUCCGAGGUUCGCUGGAGGCGCAAGGAACAGCCAUCCCAAGCGCAAGUAAAUGGCUCUAGUAGUAAUGCCAGCACUUUAGAGCGGCAACAGCAGCCAGAGAUUACGGGAGCAGCUUGUGGCGCUGUGGAGGCUACACCAGUGGAGGCCAAGGCUUCGGUUUCUCUACAUACUCAGGCUCUUACCACUUUGGAGAACAUUAUAAGCCGCCUUCGUGAUCUCGACGAGGGUCGACUGACGCCUCCUUCCACCCCACAGCGACUGCCACGAAGUUCUCCAGCCUCGCCGGCGGCCAGCAAAAAGAACAAGCGGCAGCAGAGCAGUUCCCCAAUUCGCCACAUUCUGAAUUCACCGCUUUUAAACCGCCGUCAGCGUAAAAAGCAGAGUAUCAUCGAGAGCUCCGAUGAUGAGGGAAACCAGACUAAUGGAUCCGGGGAGGAGAGCAACAACACGGGCAAUGGCAAGCAGUAUCGCGACCUGGAAACCUUUCAAAAGGCCCAACUGCGUCAGAAGCUGAAGCGCGGAAAUGAGCCAAAUGGCAGUGCUAGCUGUGCCAAUCCGGCGCCAGUGCGUCGUGAGUUUGUGAUGCACAAUAAGGCGCCCAUGUGGAAUGAGAUGAGCCAGGUGUACCCUGACUUUGGGGGUCGCGUUACCCAGGAGUCGGCCAAGAACUUUCAGAUCGAGUUUCGUGGCAAGCAGGUCAUGCAAUUCGGUCGCAUUGAUGGAAACGCCUACACCCUGGAUUUCCAGUAUCCUUUCUCCGCCCUCCAGGCCUUUGCCGUGGCCCUGGCCAAUGUGACACAGCGACUCAAGUAAUCGGGUAUCGAGGGAUCAGAUAUCGUGACGUACCGCAUCUUUAUGAACAAAUUGUCGCCAGCUGAUUGCAGCAAUUGCUUUUUUGGCCUACGCUAUAUUGUAUAUUUUUUAUACCAGACACGGUGGGAUGGACGAUUAGCGAAAAUUGCUUCUUCAUUUGUAUAUAUUGUAUAUGUAUUGUGGUCUUUAGGUUUCCGAAUACCGUACUUUAGUGAUUAUGUAUAUGAACACGUACCACCACUUGAUUGAAGGUUUUGCCAUGUGCAGCACAAUGAAAUACGAGUGCGCGCACAUGGAUGUGCAAACUCACAGUCCGAUCCAUUUUUGUGCAAUAUUUGUAUGACAAAUUUUUUGGAUUAAGUGUAGCCAAGAGUGUAAAUGUUAGGCGUAGACGACGAUGACGACGAUGUACGAUGUAUUUUAAAUCAAACUACUAUAACACGAUUAACGAUCAGUCGGUUUUUAACACUAGUUUGUACAAGAGCAGCCUUUUUUGCAUAGAGCUUCGUUUCUUGCUUUACUCGAUUUAAGUGCAAUAACUCCUUUUGUUAACUCCUAGAUCUAAGACAUAUUGGCGAGAUCCGGCUAACCGCUUGGCCCAGCACUCGAUAAAAUUCAUUAAGUAAUUAGGACAAGUCCGAUUACUUGAUGCUAGCAUAUUUUUUAUAUGUGUAAACUAAUUGUGAAUGUUGAAUCGAUCGACAGCAAGGAAUACAGAACUUUGUGCUUUUCCUCUCAACUCUUUUUGGUAGUUAGGCUUAAUUUCAAGGAAAAUUCGUUAUUGUAAUUGUUGUGAAUAUUGAAAUAAGCGCGAGUCGUAAACGAUUAAGGCGGUCAACUACAUAAAUCAUUAAAUAAAUGUAUUUUACGUGAAUAAAGGCUUUCGUUUUAUAAAUAA